CAUAAUGACCAAGGACAAGAAUCAGGUGACUGAGAGGAUCCUGAAUCUCACUCUGGAGAUCAUCUACCUGCUGACUGGAGAGGUGAGGGAUUCUGGGUAAUGUCAUUAUGGAGAUCAUCUACCUGCUGACUGGAGAGGUGAGGGAUUCUGGGUAAUGUCAGUAUGGAGAUCAUCUACCUGCUGACUGGAGAGGUGAGGGAUUCUGGGUAAUGUCAGUAUGGAGAUCAUCUACCUGCUGACUGGAGAGGUGAGGGAUUCUGGGUAAUGUCAGUAUGGAGAUCAUCUACCUGCUGACUGGAGAGGUGAGGGAUUCUGGGUAAUGUCAGUAUGGAGAUCAUCUACCUGCUGACUGGAGAGGUGAGGGAUUCUGGGUAAUGUCAGAAUGGAGAUCAUCUACCUGCUGACUGGAGAGGUGAGGGAUUCUGGGUAAUGUCAUUAUGGAGAUCAUCUACCUGCUGGCUGGAGAGGUGAGGGAUUCUGGGUAAUGUCAUUAUGGAGAUCAUCUACCUGCUGACUGGAGAGGAUUAUAAGAUUGUAAAGAAGUCUAUCACACACAACAGCCAUCUCCUUGUGUCAGGAGGAUCUCAUAGUACCCAGAGCCGCAGCACGGUGCCUCAUGAAAAGAUCCUGGAACUGACCAAUCAGAUCAUCCAGCUGCUGACUGGAGAGGUUCCUGUAAGGUGUGAAGAUGUUGAAGUCCAUCUGUCCACGGAGGAGCCGGAGGAUGUGGAAGUGCACAGUGAUCUUUGCAAACCUGAAAUGACAGAGAAGAAUCACCAUCCCUUCAGCUCACUGGAAUGUUACACAAGCAUGAAUUCAUCCAACUUUGUAAAUGAAGAUAGUCCUGGUACUAAAAAGAAUUAUAAGCAAAAUCGCUUUAGAAUUGGUGGACAAAGGAAGAGACCGAGGCUAUCCGUGAAGAAGCUGAGUGAGGAAUCAGCCCCGUCUGAAGAAAACAUUGCAGACACUGACCUUUAUACAAAAUCAAAACAUGCAAAGACAAACAGUGUAUUGGUUCGGACUACCAAGGAACCAACCUCAUGUGAGGGCAAUGCCCUACUCAAUGAUACUACCCCUGUACAAUAUGAUUUUAAUCACACUUCUGAAGAAUCUGUAUACAGUAAAGGACAAAAUCUCAAAAACCUGGAUGUUUUCACACAGACAGAUUAUAUGGCUAAUCCAACUAAGAGGGAAUCUGUCUCUUCUGAAGAGGAAAAUCUGGAAGCCACUGACAUUGAUCCAUCCACAAGAGAUGCAAAAAGAGACUACAUUAAUGUUCAUAUUAAGGAGGAAUCAUUCUCACCUGAAGAUGGAAGUCUAGCAGAAACUGACCUUGAUACACAGACAGAGUAUACAUCUACACGUUUUAAGAUGCAGUUGGACUCAUGGCACGAAAAGAAUGUCACCGACUCCAGCAGCUCUAUGCCUGCUGAAUGUACACCGGAAGAGGAUAUUUUAUUUACUGAUAACACAGAAAGUACAGAAGUGAAAUGUGGGGAGUUUGAAAGUACACAAACUGCGGAGGAGAUGUACACCUGUUCUGAGUGUCAAGAAUGUUUUGUGAGCAGCUCAGAUCUUACUAAACAUCAGAAAGUUCACAAAAAAACAAAGCUGACCUGUUCUGAAUGUGGUAAGCAAUUCUCGUGUAAGACACGUCUUGUUAUACAUUACAGAGUCCACACUGGAAUGAAACUACUCUCUUGUUCUGCAUGUGAGAAAUGUUUUACUGAUAAAUCAAGCUUGAUUACCCACCAGAGAACUCACAUCGGAGAUAAACCAUUCUGCUGUGCUUUGUGCGGGAAAUCGUUUACUACUCAGUCAGACCUCGUUAGACAUCAAAGGAUUCACACUGGUGAGAAGCCAUUCUCAUGUGCACAGUGUGGGAGAUGUUUUACCCAAAGCUCGCAUCUCGCAAGGCAUCAUAAAUGUCACACGGGAAAGAAAAAUUUCACGUGUUUGGUUUGUAUGACAUCAUUCCCAGAUAACGUAAGUCUUAUUGCCCAUCAGAGGAUUCACACAGCAGAAGAUCUGUUCUCCUGUUCUGUAUGUGGGAAAAUUUUUACAGCUCAUUCAGAACUUGUUAAACAUCGAAGAAUUCACUCAAGAGAAACCCCAUUAAUAUGUUCCGAAUGUGGGAAAUGUUUUAAAAGUAAAACCAGGUAUCUUACACAUCAGCGAAGCCACGUUGCAGAGCCGUCAUUCUCAUGUUCUGAGUGCAGCAAAUUUUUUACAACUAAAUCAGAGUUCCUAAAACAUCAGAAAAUUCACACAAAAGAGACACCAGUAAUAUGCUCUGAAUGUGGGAAAUGCUUCUCCACUCAAGCAAGCUUUGUUACACAUCAGCUGAUCCAUACGGGAGAGAAGCCAUUCUCCUGCUCUAUGUGUAGCAAAUGUUUUAGCACCCAGUCUGAUCUUGUGAGACAUCAGAGAGUUCAUACAGGUGAAAAGCCAUUCUCUUGUUUAGUAUGCGGGAAAUGUUUUACACAAAGUUCACACCUUAUCAGACAUCAGAAAAGCCAUACGUGAGAACCCAUUCUUGUGUCUUCAUAUGACAAAUGUUCUGGUAAAUAUCCCAGGAUUCUGAAGUUAGAGAUGCCGUUCUAAUUUUAAAACCCUCCAAAAUGCCUCAGGUUUUCAUCGAAUGGAAACUCUGGUUGUGCUGACAUAAAUAAAAGAUAAAAUUUGUGUAUUUUCAGAGUCUUCAGCAUCUUCCUAAGUAUUCGUGAUUUAUUGACUGCUAUGUAUUCUUACCUCAUCAUCUACGGAAUGCUACACCUUUCUGAAUACAGUGAAUACAUUGAUCCAGAAACAAAUAUAUCACAAGUAUAUUGUUCUGGAGCAACGUGCUAAUUCAGGAAUCUUUUAUAGUUUAUUUGGAUUGUAACAUUGACAUCAGACCUGCAUUUAACCUUUACUUUUGGAAAAAGCAGUGAAGAAAGGGUCCUUCAAACCUGCUUGAAAUUCCAGCCACUACUGGUCCAUGUUCUUUGGUCAUUUCGAGGUAUUGUUCUGUUAUAUCAAACAUUCUUAUUAAACUGUUCCAAACCAUUCCUUUUUGUCACCUAUUUAAAAUAUGCAUUUUUUCUGAGAGGGUUAUAAGCUGCUCUCCCUUUCCAGACCACUAAACCAAACAUGGUCUCAUACGUUCAAUAAACUAUUUUCUACCUA